AUGGCUCCCUCGAUAGACAGGCAAGGAUACUGGGGGCGGCCGACCUCAACACUGGACUGGUGUGAGGAAAAUUAUGUCGUGUCCUUUUACAUCGCGGAAUUCUGGAACACUGUCAGCAACCUGAUCAUGAUUCUCCCUCCCAUUUACGGGGCCAUCCAGACAUUCCGUGACGGCCUCGAGUCCCGCUACAUCUGCUCUUUCCUCGGACUGGCAGCUGUUGGUGUUGGUUCCUGGUGCUUCCACAUGACGCUGCUGUAUGAGAUGCAGUUACUGGAUGAGUUGCCUAUGAUUUACAGUACCUGCGUUUUUGUCUACUGUAUAUAUGAGUGUUUCAAGCAGGAGAAGAGCGUCAGUUUAUUUCCUAUUGCAAUAUUAUUUAUCUUCAGUGUCUCAGUCACUGUGGUAUAUUUGCAGUGGAAGGAGCCAGUGUUUCACCAGGUCAUGUAUGGUGCUCUAGUAGCUUGCCUAGUAUUGCGUUCUAUCUUCAUUGUUACAUGGGUGUACCCAUGGCACAAGCCACUGUUCUACACCUCUUUAGCUAUCUUUUUGUUGGGUUUCCUUCUUUGGAACAUCGACAAUAUCUUCUGUGACUCUUUAAGAGCCAGUAGACAAACACUGCCCCCUGGUGUUGGAGUGGUAACACAGUUCCAUGCGUGGUGGCACAUAUUGACAGGUCUGGGGUCUUACCUACACAUACUUUUCAGCUUGCAGAUCAGAUCAACCUACCUCAAGUACAGGCCAAAAGUAAAGUUUCUAUGUGGAGUGUGGCCCACAUUGCACAUUGAACCACAGAGGACAAGCUGAAUGAAGGAAAGGGGACCAACCGAAGGAUGGUGACUGCCAAAGGCAGACAUCGUCGGCACCGGGACCUGCCAAUGUCACCCUGCAGCUGCUGGGGGGACCCAGCCAGGGGGAGGGAGGGCCCCAAGACCCCACCCCAGGGACCCUUCAGCUCUGCACUGUGGGGAUUAAGUACAGUAUAGCACUGAGAUCAGUUCUAAGAAAUUAUUAUUUUUUAAUCACCAUAAUUUAUUAGACUAGUUUUUCUGUAAUUUUAUUGGAGUGUAGUAUUUUAUUUGCUCAUUAAUUUUGGAUGCAAUGAAGUGAUCUGUUGAAGUGACUAAUGCUGAAAGGGUUUUGGACUUUAGCUUGGGUAGGGUUUGGAAAUGGGGAAAUGAGUGUCAUUAAUGCAAAAGUCACAUGACAUUGCCUUUGUAUGUUCAGUCCUGUGAAUGUUUAAAUCCCCUUCAAAUGCAUCCCUGUUAGUAGCAAGUAUAGAUCAGAGUACUUUGCUUAUCGGUAGCUGAGAGAACACUACUUACAGCACAUCCUGUCCCUAAUGUAGUUUCGGGAUAUGCUUACUACAAAUGGAGUAAAUGCCAGCUAGAAAUCUGAUGCAGCGUAGCUCAGAUGUCUCGACUUAGUCAUAGUUGCUCACUCAUUUGCUUGGUUAUUUUUUUUUUUUUUUUAGUAUUCUAACAUUUUAAGUUACACUGGGAAUUAAAACACACGUGUGAUGUGUGAGGUAUUUUAAUAGUUCAGUGCUCUUACAAAACAAAAAAAUUAUUGACAAAGUUAAGAUUUUUCCUGGUGCAUGGCGCAGGACAAAUCACUUUCUACAUCUCCAGUUUCUCUGAACAGACAGAACGCUUCCUCUUCCUGCUAAAGCGAUACUCUGGACUAAUUUGUGCUUUAUGAAGAACUACAGCCACCACAGGGGUAGGUGUAGUGGAACCAUAACGAGACUACCUCAGGGUUGUUAUACAGUGCAGGACAGUCAUACUUGAAACGUUGAUAGUGAAACUAGUUAAAAGUCUGUCAGUAGAACUUUAGUUGUUGAAAGUGAAUCAAAGGACCAAGUGAAUGACUGGAACAUGUCUGAGUUGUUACAUCUUUAUGAGCUGCGGUGAAUGAAGAACUGGACUUGUCCACUUCUGGCUAGCUAAAUAUCUCCUUCUGCAUUAGCUAUCCGGUCUUUAAGUCUGAGUCUGAGUCAUUAGCCGUGCCUGGGCCCAAACUCCACUGCAGGUCCCAAAGUCACACGAUCACUGCGGCAUCACUGAGAGUUAAAAACUGUCUAAAUUCUUUCAUCUUUAAUAAAAUGAUCAGUGUUGCUGCUUUACCAGGUGUAACAAUUAAGUUUAACAUCCAGGCAUCCAUGAAAACAGGAUUUAUUAAAAUUUAACAGAGUUAGAAGUUAGCAGGAAGUUAGCUCGCUAGCUUCCAUCUAAAUAUAAUAUAGCAUGUUCUGAGUGAGGGAUUUCAGAAACAAAUUCAAACGUACAGCUCUGCUAUCACUUUCAACAUAAAUGAAGGCAGAAAACUAAACAGCAGUGACGUUUGUAGGGUUACUGAAGUUGGGCUAGCUGGUAUAUAAUGAUGUGCUACGUGAUCGCUAGCGUCACAGCUAUGUUAGCAUAAUAUAAACAGUGAAGCUGGAGGAUAAAUCAACUUUUUUCCACUCAAUUAAAGUUAACGUGAGGGUUCCCGAAGGUUAGGGACAAAUGCAAUCUUUUGGCAGGAUGCUCUAAGCGGACUGAACUUCAGUCAGGAGAACAACUGAGAUAAUCCAUCCACAGUACAAGGUUAGUCAUUAAUAUACUGCUGCAUGGGCUGGGCUGUAGUUACAUCGUAAGGUUUUAAAAACUGAGGUUUAAAAUGAUUAGCGGUAAUAAAACCCGAGAGAGGCUGACAAUGAUCACCGACUAUUUUUAAGGAGCUUGUUGAGAUUAAAUAGAACAAGAUACAAAGCAUUAAAACAUGUUAAAAACACAAAAGCCUUAUUAAACGCAGAGUAGUUUGGGCCCGGAAGCAGGGUUCAUCACGUCAUCACUUAAAGACCGGAUAUUCCCCUCAAUGUUCAUUGAUCAUUAUGUUAAAGAACAGUAAUAUGGCUAAGUGUCCAUAGUAAUUCUGAGAAAAACUUUCAAAGUCCCUUCUUUUAACUUAUAGCCAAACAAUACAUUUUAUUUAAAAAAACAACAACAUGACUUUAUAAUGACGAGGCAAAUUGUGCAAAUACACAUCUAUAGACGCCUUGUGAUACAGUUUGUCAUGCAACCACUAGGUGGCUGUAAAUUUCCAGCAUAUUUCAGACAUUGCCAAGCUUGUCAUUAAGUGUAUGAAGAACUACCUAUCUGCUCUAGAUCUGGCUGUUAGGAUCCAUGCUUACAUUUCUGUGGUGAAAUGAAGGGCUUUUUUCUUUCCAAUGUUUUUGUUUGGUUACUGUGAAACCAUGGAGAUGUAUGUAAAACUGGAAGAUGCGCAACGCUACAGUAGUGAGAGAUUCUUUGGUGUUUUCUGUGGCCUCAACUGCUGUGCACUGGAUCUUGAGACAACAUGUAGUACAUUCAUUUUUUUGUUGUUGUUGUUGUCAUAAUUAAACGCUGUGUCACCAACUCAUGCUUGGGUCUAAUAAGUACACAGACCCAGUCUUAGAAAAACAUUCACAAGCACAAUGUACAAAAGAAAAGUAUUACCGUUGUCCACAUGCGUGUUUGGAAACAUCACUGUAUGAUAUAUCUUGAAAACGUUGCUCAUCAGUAUGGGUGAUCAGGUGUCAAAGAAGGUGCCUUAUCGUUUUCCUAGCAGUGUAAUCCGAGUUGCCUUGAUGUUUGUGAUAAACCAUUCAGUUUGUGUUCUGCAGUGUGCCCUUCCCCUGAUUAUUUGCAGUGAAGAAGAGCAAAUUCUGCUAUGGUUUUUGUUGUACUUUGAUCACGUGCCAGUCUUUUACGGUGUCAUGUAUUGUCAAAUAAAAGAAAUGUCAAACUUCCAUCACAAUA